UGGUUAUCGUGUUGACGUAUGUGCGUAUGUGUGGAUUACGUGUUUAUCGUCAACUUUCUGUCAUUAAACUAAUAAUUCUUUAAACUUUUUGCUAUUAAAAGUUAAUUACCAUUUAAGUUUCUUUAGUCAUGGCAACCCAAGUGUAUAUCAAGUCUGGUAAAAGUUUUCUCUACGAGUCAACGGAAAAAAAUGUAGUUGGGCGUGGCGCUCACGGUAAGGUUUUUUCCGGACAUUUUAAGCCAGAUUUGAAUACACCAUGGGGAAAAGUCUCUGAUGAGGAAAAAAACGCGGCUAUCAAACGAGUAGAAAUUGAUUUUAAGGAGGAAAACUGGAUGGAUAUUGGAAAUGAUCGGGAAGUUGUUGCGUUGAAAGAAUUGAGACAUUCCUGCAUCGUGCGUUUGUUCGCUGUUGAAGACGAUGACAAUUUCAGAAACUACAUUUUUGAACUGUGUCAAGGGACCCUUGAAGAAUUUUUCACGAAAAAAUAUGACGAACUUAUGCCUGAUGAAAUAGAAGGACUUUAUCAGAUGGCGUCUGGUUUGAAGUUCAUUCACGAGAAAAAGAUGAUCCACCGAGACAUCAAGCCCGAAAAUAUCCUCAUUUCGGUACUGGAUGGAAGUGCUCGACUGAAAAUAGCAGAUUUAGGAUUCACCAAACGGCUAAAAGAAGACGGGAUUCAUUACGAUUUGGCGAGUGGACUAAAGGGAACCGAAUAUUACAUGGCCCCAGAGUUAUUGGCAGUCAGGAACCUAACAGGGCGUGUUCUUGAUACGGAGUGCACAAUUGCGACUGAUGUUUUUGCCGCUGGAUGCACUUUCUUUCGCUACCUCAACGGAGGUCUCCAUCCUUUCGGCCAAGGCUUCAACAUUGAAGUAAACAUUAUGAAGGGGAAUCUAAUCAAUGCAACAAAAUACGAGGGGGAACCGUGGAAAACGGUUCUAGCAACAAUGGUGAAGCUCAACCCUAAAGAGCGACCGUCAUUCUCAACAAUUGUUGAAGUAUUGGAGAAACAUCUUGAAGCUUCAAGUAGUUGGUCUUCUUCAGCGUCGGGAGAAGAAUCGCUUUUACCUAUUAUUGUUGACCCAAACGAAAAUUAUGACAAAACUAGAACGAGUAAUGUUGGUGACGUGGAAUAUAGUCGGAGCAAUUUCAUCGGUAGGGGAGCUUAUGGAGUCGUCUACGCUGGAACCUUCAAAGGCGAAAAAGUGGCAGUCAAGCGAGUACAACUCAUGGACUCUCGUGGCAGCGAAAAAAUUUUUAGAAGAUCCUUAGAAAUUCAGCACCUUCUCAAUCAUCGGAACGUUGUGCAGUUCAAACACUUUGAAAAAGACGAUGAUUUCGGGUACUUUGUUAUGGAGUUGUGUGCUGCAUCACUUCAGGAUUACAUUAAGGGAAAAUAUAAAGGACCGAUGCCCACGGAUAAGCAAGUUCUUUUCCAGUUGGCGAAUGGGCUGGAGUACAUUCAUUCAAUGGGAAUCUUACACCGAGAUAUCAGUCCUGCAAAUAUUCUGAUUUCUUUAACGGAACCAGUUCAAAUGAAAUGGUCAGGUUUCGGGUCAAGCAAGCCAGUAAAUGAAAGAGGAUCUUGUUCAUUAAGUGGAGUAAAAGGAUCCCAAAAUUGGAUGUCCCCGGAAGAGAUGAGCAUGUUUCAGUCAGGGGAGAAUGCCGACCAUAGGCGUGGAUCUGUAAAAAGUGAAAUAUUUUCUGCUGGCUGCGUUUUUAUCUUCUUCCUGUUACGUGGAAAGCAUCCGUUUGGGAAAUCGUAUGGCAUACCUACGAACAUUUUUCAAGGCCGUCCCGUAAAUGCGAUCCCGGAGGAACAUUUCGCCCGUCCUUUCGUCCUUCCAAUGAUCGCAAACGAUCCUGAGAAGAGAAUUUCUCUACGGAAGGUCAUCGACCAAUUGACACCCCUUCAACCACCAAGCCGACUGAAUUUGCUGCAAUACGACAACCAAAAUUUACUGUGCAGUACAGGAAUUCUUUCCAUUGUUUAUCAUGUUGGAACGUUUGAAGGAUCGCCACUGGCCGUCAAAAGGGUUCCACGGAAGAAUUGCACCACAAAAUCCUUUGAGGAACUGAAACGAUUGGAUCACUCGAAUAUUGUUCGUUUGCUUCAUUUUGAUCAAGAUGACGAUUACAGAUAUUUUGGGAUAGAAUUGUGCGUGGCAUCUUUGGACCAAAUUUUUCUUCCAGAAGAGGAUCCAAAGAAAUAUAACGGACCGGUUUCAUCUGACGAGCAAUUUUGUUUCCAGUUUAUCAGUGGAUUGGAGUACAUCCACGGGAAAUACCUCGUUCACGGGUCCAUCAAACCCACCAACAUUUUGAUUUCGUCAAGAAAAGAUCCGCAAAUCAAGUUGUCAGAUUUUGGAUUGACCACGUCAUGUCUGAACGAGGGUCACACAACGAAACCUGUGGUUUGUGGAAUUCUUAGUUCGCGGUAUUGGUUGGCUCCAGAAUUCCUUGAUUCUAGUGAUGGGAAAUUUACAAAAGAAUGCGACAUCUUUGCCGCUGGAAGUGUUUUCUUCUAUUUCCUGAGCAAAGGCUGCCAUUUGUUUGGUGAUAGCCACGAAAUACUAAAAAAUACUUGCGAAGGAAAUCAGUUCAACUUGUUUAAGAAAAUGACUAUUGGACAUUUUGCAAUGGGAUUGAUCCGUUGGAUGACUCAAAAAGAUCCCAAAAAACGACCUGAACUGUCCGUACUCUACACUCAUUUGGAAUUAGUUCAACCAAUGAAGAACCUCAAAGUAGUUGGGAAGAUUCAAUUCUCUCGAAAUCAUUUUUUGGCCAAAGGUGGUUAUGGAAAUGUAUACCUGGGCUGUUGUGAACGCUCCAACUCCGACGUUGUUAUCAAGCGAAUGGAAUUGCUCGAAGGAAACCGAAAGGGAAUUGACACACAAUUAACAGCUUUACAAAAUCUGAGUCAUCCCAAUAUUGUCAAAUUCUUUGAUUCCGCUUCAGAUCUUGAUUUCAUACACAUAGCCAUCGAGAAAUGUCUGACAUCACUUGAUAAAUAUUGCCGACAACCGCUUCUUUAUCAAGGGGUUAUUCCGAUGCCAACGGAUCAGGAAGUUCUCGUUCAGAUGGCCGAAGGUCUUCACUACAUCCACUCGCAAAAAAUCGUGAAUGAAUCACAACCUUUGAUUUAUCGGAAUGUUAAACCUGAAAACAUUUUAAUUUCGUGUGACCAUCCGGCCGUCAUCAAAUGGGCCGAUUUUGGACUGUCAAGAGCCGUUGUCAGUGGUAGCAAAUCUUUUACGUGGAGUCAGCUGAAAGGAACUGAACGUUGGCUGGCACCAGAGUUAAUUCAAAGUGACGCAGGAGCGAAAGUGAGAGGAAGUCAAAGUUGCGAUGUCUUCGCUCUCGGCUGCGUCUUUUUCUUCUUCUUGACACAAGGAAUGCAUCCGUUCGGAGACGGAGACGAUAACACUGUACAAGGCAAUAUAGAUAACGGGAUGCAAGUCAAUCUAAAUCAGUUAUCAAAGGAACAUUUCGCCUUCUCCAUCAUAGAAAAAAUGAUUCAGAACGAUCCACAUUUGCGACCGAACAUGUCAGCAGUUGUCGGUGAGCUUCAAUUAGGAUCGCCACUGGCCGUCAAAAGAGUUCCACGGAAGAAUUGUACCACAAAAUCCUUUGAGGAACUGAAACAAAUAAAUCACCCGAAUAUUAUUCAGUUGCUUCAUUUUGAUCAAGAUUCCGAUUACAGAUAUUUUGGGAUGGAAUUGUGCGUGGCAUCUUUGGACCAACUUUUCCUUCCAGAAGACGAUCCAAAGAAAUAUAAAGGACCGAUUCCGUCUGAAGAGCAAUUUUGUUUUCAGCUCAUCAGUGGAUUGGAGUACAUUCACGGGAAAAACCUCGUUCACGGGUCGAUGAAACCCACCAACGUUUUGAUUUCGUCACGUCAAGAUCUGCUAAUCAAGUUGUCAGAUUUUGGAUUGACUACGUCAAGUUUAAAUGAGGGUCACUCAACGAAACGUUUGAUUCGUGGAUUUCUUAGUUCGCGGUAUUGGUUGGCUCCAGAAUUGCUUGAAAGUGAUUCUACUGAUGGGAAAUCUACAAAAGAGAGCGACAUCUUUGCCGCUGGAAGUGUUUUCUUCUAUUUCCUGAGCAAAGGAUGCCAUUUGUUUGAGGAUGCAACCCACGAGAUAUUAAAAAAUACUUGCGAAGGAAAUCAGUUCAACUUGUUUAAGAAAAUGCUUCCUGAUGGGCACUUUGCAAUAGGAUUGAUCCGUUGGAUGACUCAAAAGCAUCCCAAAAAACGACCUGAACUGUCCAAGAAGUCCGUACUCUACGCUCACUUGGAAUUAGUUCAACCAAUGAAGAAACUCGAAACUGUUGGGACCAUUCAGUUCUCCAGAGACCAUUUUUUGGCCAAAGGUGGUUACGGAAGCGUAUUCCUGGGCCGUUGUGAAAGCUCCACCUCCGACGUUGUUGUCAAGCGAAUGGAAUUGCUCGAAGGAAACCGAAAGGAAGAAAUUGACAGAGAAUUAACAGCUUUAAAAAACCUGAGUCAUCCCAAUAUUGUCAAAUUCUUUGAUUCCGCUUCAAAUUCUGAUUUCAUACACAUAGCCAUCGAGAAAUGCCUGACAUCACUGGAUAAAUAUUGCCGACAUCCGCUUCUUUAUUAUCAAGGGGUUAAAACGAUGCCAACAGAUGAGCAAGUUCUCGUUCAGAUGGCCGAAGGUCUUCACUACAUCCACUCGCAAAAAAUCGUGAAUGAAUCACAACCUUUGAUCCAUCGGGACGUCAAACCCGAAAACAUUUUAAUUUCGUGUGACCAUCCGGCCGUCAUCAAAUGGGCCGAUUUUGGACUGUCAAGAGCCGUUGUCAGUGGUAGCAAAUCUUUUACGUGGAGUCACUUGAAAGGAACUGAACGUUGGUUUGCACAAGAGUUAAUUCAAUGUGACGUAGAAGCGAAAGUGAGAGGAAGUCAACGUUGCGAUGUCUUUGCUCUCGGCUGCGUCUUUUUCUUCUUCUUGACUCAAGGAAUGCAUCCGUUCGGAGACGGGGACAAAUACAUUGUUCAAUAUAAUAUAAAAGACAUGAAGCCAGUCAAUCUAAAUCAGUUAUCAAAGGAACAUUUCGCCUUCUCCAUCAUAGAAGAAAUGAUUCAAAACGAUCCACGUUCGCGACCGAACAUGUCAGCAGUUGUCGAUGCACUUCAAUUACCGACACCAUCGGCUUGUUUAGAGAAUAGCGGCAACGAACAUGUCUCUGCUGUAAAACGUCAGCGUGAUUUGGAAAAUGAACAGGAUACCAGUAAUAAGGGGAAAAAACUUCGUUUUGACAAGUUUAACUAA